AACGGAAGUUGUUCACAACCACAGCUGUCUGUUAUUUCACUUUUUCAGUUAGAGGGUGUUCCAGUGGAGGAAGCGGAUAAUAAAAAAGAUGACAGAACUUAGCAAGGAAGGCAUGAUUAGAUCAUUCACUGUGGAACUACAGACUUGUAUUGAGCAGGAUGGGAGUGCGGAUCUACACAUUGUGACUGUGAGGAAUGUUAUGGAGUUUUGUUUCAAGUGUGAAUUGUGCGAAGAAAGGUUUAAGCAGUUUGACAGCAUGAAAAGCCACUGGAGUUCGUGCGUUUGUGAUGAUUCUUGGGCUCAGAUAAAUGUGACUGUGGCAAACUCUGGAAAGGACAGUGAAGAAGUUCAGGAUGUAUUGUCUGACAAAGAAAAUGAAGUUGUAGAAAUGGUCGAGGCCGAGUUGGAACCUGCUGCUAAAGAUAUGCAGAUAGACAGAGAGGUAGAAUUGGAGAAAGAAGUUCAGACACAAAGUCAGGAGGCAGUAGUGGGAGAUGAAGUGGAAGACUCGGAAGACUCCAGAGCUGUGCUUGAGAAAGAAACUGAAAGAGAUGGUCAGGCGUGUUAUGAAUAUAGUUGUACUGUAUGUGGUGAGAGUUUUGAUAGCUUAGAGCAGGCUGGAGUUCACAUGCAGGCACACGAGAAAGAGAGGUCUCCGAUGCGGAACCAGUGUAGAGAGUGCGGCAAAACGUUUGCGCAGAAAAGCUCAUUGCGGUUCCACAUGCGUUCUCACACGGGGGAGAAGCCGUUCAAGUGUUUACAUUGUAGCAAAGGCUUUUCUUCGAAUAGUGACCUGAGUCGCCACGUAACUCGCCACAACAACACAAAACCCCACGCCUGCCCCAAAUGUAGCAAGGCUUUUGCUGACAAAUCAUAUCUAAGGCUUCAUUUAAAACUGCAUGAUGAAGACAACCCCAAUAUGUGCAAAAUUUGUCAACAUAAAUUUACCACGAAGAGUCAGCUCAAUUUGCACAUGAGGAAGCAUACCGGUGAGAAACCAUAUUCGUGCUCAGUGUGUGGAAAAUGUUUCGCUGAUGUGGGAGCCUUGAAAUACCACUUUUCAACUCACGGCAACCGACGUGAGUCAGUGAAUUGGAUGUGUGACAUUUGCAACAAAACUUUUUCUACAAGGCAAGCCCUCGGAAACCAUAGCAGAAUUCAUACAGGAGAAAAACCAUACACAUGCAAAAUAUGCAAGAAAUCUUUCACUCAGAACUCUUUGAAAUUGCACAUGCGUUAUCACACAGGGGAGAAACCUUUCCAUUGUCACUUGUGUGAGAAAAGCUUUACAACAAAGACACAUCGUGAAACGCACAUGAGGCACCACACAGGAGAAAAGCCUUUCAAGUGUGAUAAGUGUGAUAAAACAUUCGGCUACAAAAGUAGCCUAAUCUAUCAUGCAAGAACUCACACAGGAGAAAAGCCUUUUACGUGUCCUCUCUGCAAGAAAAGCUUCGUGGAUAGUGCAACAAUGAAGCGCCAUGCCAUUACAUGUGCUGUCAAUCGCUUGGGUAAAGGAAAAAAGAAAGGAAAGAAAGACAAAUAGCUAUCAACGAGUUUAUUGAAAAUGGCCAUAUUGGACAUUUUGGCCCAAAAACAAAAUAAAUUUGUAUGUAGCAAAUGGGUUGAUUUUUUUUUUUUGUUCAUUUUGUCAUUUGUCUGAUUCUCACCAUGACAUCGCUAAAAUAUUGCUGAUGUGGCAUUA